UGAUCUCCCCAAACUAGAAUCGAUGUUGAGGUGAAACCAUAAUAGAAGCUGUAAUUAUCUUGCAUAUACAGAAAGCUCAAAGAUGCAAACAAGAUUGGCUAUAUCUUCAGCUACAAAACUUCAUCGACUCUUAUUGGCACUAUCUCUGAAGAGAGUGGAGUACAAUCCACACAGAUUUUGCUCUUCUACUGUAGGUCGAACAGCUGAUCCCGCCGUCCAUUCUGGAACUCUUGAAGGAGAUGACUUGGAGGGAUCAGUAAAAGUAGCAGAAAACGAAAGGAAACAACCAAAUCUAAAGCCCGGUAAAGAUAACGAGGCAUUUGUGCCACCAAAAUCACCAACCGGGUCAUCCCAGAAGAUAGAGAGCACAGGGGGAAACAAACCUAUAGACCCUUUGAGACAACAAAAGCGACAGAAAUCUAAUGUAAGCCACUCCAAUGGAGCGCUAUCAUUAGAAGAUGUUAGCUGCGGGGGAUUAGAUGGUACACCAUGGCCCGACGAAGCAAAAGACAGAGGAGCACAAUUAGAAGAUGACAGAGAAUACUUCAAGCAUCAUAAACCAUCUCCAUUGGCAGAGAUGGAGAUGGCUGAUACGAGGAAGCCUAUUACACAGGCCACUGAUGCACCAGCGGGUGCUGGUGUCGCUUUUUAUCCGGCACCUGACGGCGGGGUAAUGGUGUGGAGGCCGGAGCAAUUGGAGACUGCUGAAGAGUCUCUGAUGAGAGCGAUGGAGAUAUGGAAACAGAAUUCUAUGAGAGGUGACCCUGAUUCACCUCAUGGUAGGAUUCUUAGACAGCUUCGUGGUGAGUACUGGUGAUCUGAUCAGUGCUUCAUCUAGUGAAGCAGCUAAUGUAUUUUGGUUUCUGUUUUUUAAUUAUUGUUGUUGUUUCACUUAGUCCGAUCCAAUUUCACGAGCUACAAACACCAUAUGCGUAAAGUGUUUCGAGGCUUGUGGAUUGUGAGGAUCUACAUUAGUCUAAGCUAGAAUUAGCAAUCUACUCUAAUGUUUUCUGUAAUUACAUGAGAAGUGAUGGAUACCGUUAUUUUUUCGAAUAUAAAUAAGUCUAGCUAGAAUCAUCAAUGAAUUCUCCAAUUUACGAUUGCAACA